AUGGCUCGAAACGACCCGGGGGAAGCGAGUCAGCCGCCAGGGCGCACCGCGGGAUCUCACCGCCAGAGGCCUCCCAGCACAGGGGCGGUCCCGGGGCACACCCAGAACGACAGACUGGCCUCUCCGGCCCCCCCCCCCCCCGCGGGGGGGAGGGGGCACACCCCUCACGGGGCCUCACGCCCACCGCCAAUCCUACACCCAGAGCCGCAGCCAGCCCGGGAGAACGCUCUCCCGCCGCGUACCAGCGGCCCCCCCAGCCCUCACACGGGCAACCCUGCUGUGCGCGCCAAGGCUCCCCCCCCCUGCCCCGCCUCCCUCUCAGGGCUCCGAGGGCACUGCUCCACCCGGGGACGCCACCGGCCGACGGAGGCCGGGAGACGACACCCACGUGAGGCGAGGCCGGCUCGGUCCCAGACCGCAGGGAGCGGGGGUGGAAGGGGACACAGGCGGUCGCACGCGCGGGACGAGGAGGAAGGCCGGCAGCGGUGGGGAGGGGCCGGCAAGCACGCGCAGCAGGGGUCACGGGACGGGGGCGAGGGCGCCGCCCGGGGACCAGAAAACACCAGGACACAGCCGGGCCACCAGGAAAACCAGCGCGGGAUCCCACCGCCACCCACACACGAGGGCGGUCCCGCAACGCCUGGGACGCCGGCCGUUCCUGGCCAUCCCUGGAGCGGGCCCCACACCCCAGCCCCGCCGCCAGGGCCGGCGUGCCGUCCACCCAACCUUCCUCCAUCCAUCCAUCCAUCCCUUCCUCAACAGAUCCGUCUUCCGUCUAAGCCUGACCCCGAGGCUCAACAUCCUGGGGACACACUCUCGAGCAAGGGCGGCCCCGAACGGGCCCACCACACCGCCACCGGCUGCGGCUCAGGGGCGAGGGCGGGCACGACAGGCUCCUCCUCACCACGGCUGCAGGGCUGGGGGAGCCGGGGCCGACCAGGCAGUCGCACCCCAACGCCCCCCCUUCCCCCUGGGCUCACACCACGGGGCCGGCUGCGCACAACACAGCACACACGGCUCCCCACUCGCCGGACACCCGGCAGGGCCCAGCGGGACCCUCCCCCAACUCAGAGGGGGGAGGCGCGGGCCGCAGUAGGCAACAAGCAGCACACGGCCCCACCGCGGGGCCGGUGCACCCAUCACCCCCCUUCCCCACGGGGGGGGGUUCUGCCCACGUGCUCUGGCAGUCGCCACGGUGGCCACUGCGCACUCAGGAGGGGCAGCGGCUGGGGGGUCCGGUACCCCAAGGCUCCCUCUCGGAUCGCUAGAGAAGGCUUUCUCACCGAGGGCGCACCGUCCCUCACCCGAUCGUCUCUCCUUCGGGCCCACGGAGGCACACCAGGAGCCGCCACUCAACUGGGCGGGAGGGGUCUGCGGCAUAGGGGCAAGGGGGAAAAGACAGGCGAGGGGCCCCGUGGACAGACCGAGAAGAGCGGACACGUUCACUGGGAACACCCGUCCCUCGUCCGGCACGGCUUAGGCCCGGCCCGGGAGAGCACAACCACACCACAUCAAUCAGCUGAGCCAAGGCGAGAGCAGCCAACGACCCCAGGAGGAGAACAGCUGGCACGGAGCCUACAGGGCAGGGGUCGUCCCAGCCGCCACCGGGUGCCCGCAGCGGGGAGCACAGGGCCAAAGACCCACACCGCCUCGCCCCACCACCCUCGGGUCGCCCAGACGCGGCACCACGAGCUGGGUCGGCCAGACACGCCACACAGGAGCCGGCGCACAGGCCCAGGCAGGCGGCUCCAGCGGCAAAGGCAGAACCAGGCGCCAGCUGGCGGCCCACAGGCCCGGAGCCCCGCGUGCAUCCAGAGACCCAAAGCGUACCGGUCCGUCCGAGUCUCCGAACAGGGAUUUGACUUCGACGUGCAUAAAGAAAAAAGAAGAAAGAACCGUCAGCGGGGCGCCUCCAACAAGACGAGCGGGCCCCGACCAGGGCCCACGCCCGGGGCCCAGACCGUCCUACACAGGGCACCCAGGACGGCUCGAGCCGGUCCCCACCCACCUCCUGACUGA